AUGAAGAGAUCGUUAAUCGGACAGGAACCCACUUCCUGGUUGGCUAUGGCACCAUUACUUCGGGACCAGCGAGAAAGCAGGUUCUCACCAAUCCGAACGUACCUCAAUUUAGGAGCAGGAAGGGUAAAUGAAGAGGGCACAGAAGCGGCUGCAGUAACUGGAAUGAGGAUGAAGAGGAGGCUUGCACUGAUAAAAGUUCCACACUUUUUGGCAGAUCGUCCUUUUAUCUAUGGUAUAUUCCGAGAGAACGAACCAAUCUUCAUUGGGCAGUACUGCUGA